AUGGCGGCCUCCUCGUCCUCGAUCCUCCUGCUGCUCCUUGCCGCCACCUCUGUGGCCGGCGCGAGCGCCUCCACCUUCACCAUCAGGAACAACUGCGUCUUCACGGUGUGGCCAGCAGCCACCCCGGUGGGUGGGGGCCGGCGGCUGGACCCUGGGCAGACGUGGAGCCUGUUCGUCCCCGCCGGCACCAGCUCCGGCCGCGUGUGGGGCCGCACGGGCUGCUCCUUCAACGGCAACAGCGGGAGCUACCAGACGGGCGACUGCGCCGGCGCGCUCUCCUGCACGCUCUCCGGGAAGCCUCCCAUGACGCUGGCCGAGUUCACGCUCGGCGGCAGCCAGGACUUCUACUACAUCUCGGUGAUCGACAGCUACAACCUCGCCAUGCGAUUCUCCUGCAGCACCGGCGCGACCCUCAACUGUCGGAGGCCUGUUUGGCCGAGGUUGUUUUUGCCUUGA